AUGGCUCUGACUCCAGCGAACCCGCCGUUUUCGGAGCGUAUGCGUGUCGAGCAAACUGAUAUCAUCAAAUACUACCAGGACUCCGCAACAGAAGUCGAUCGUUUUCAUGCAAGCGUGCAAACAAAGAGAAAAUUGAAGAUGAGUCGCGAAAUCGUAGAUUCUUAUCGUCGCUUUAGUUGUGUUGUCAAGUGGACUGACUGGCCGGGCUACAUCCCCUCUACAUCCAAUCGCUCUCUCGUUCCGACUGUUGCUCCUGGACAACGAAUGCUCGAUGGGGCUGGCAAGAGGGAACACAGUGAGCAAGCCUUAUGA